AUGUAAUGAAGAAUCUCAGAAAAUUCCUAUCGCUUUCAUGAAGACAUACUAACAUGUUCAACUUAUCAAAAAAUGAACACAAGAUAUUCUCUCAUGAAUGAGGGUAAUCAGAAAAACUACUUAUUCUACUUGUUUUUGCUCCUUUGCUAUUACGUUCAAACUACACACACGUAUCUGUUACUCGUUGAUGACACCCAACAGCCGGGCGACGUUAUAUUCAAUGCGUCAGUGUAUCGCUUAGGUUCUGAUAGAUUUUACAAAAUUAACGAAAAAAGAUCCGCCCCCUUUGUACAGUCUCUGGUACACGUGGACUCGAAGACAGGGCAAAUUUCCCUGAUAGAAGGACUCCAAUGCAACGGAUUGUACUACCCCAACCUCUUCACAAUUCACAUUGACUCCACCUCGAAUAGACUGAGAGACAUAACUUAUUAUAGUUUACCAUUGAGGAUAUUCAUCAUAGGCAAAGACUGUUCAGAUCAUACAGAAGAAAACCUAGAGUAUUUAGAUGAGUUCAGUAGCGACAGAGGUUUGAGGCAGAGACGGGAUGCGUGGAACCCGUUUUCUUCCAUUCAUCCUUCUAUAAAACAGAAGAUAACCGAAGCCAGACAAUGGGUGUCCGAAACGUAUGCUUCUUUUGCCAUACCAACCGCCGAAAAAUGGCAAAAGAUAUGUCUCCGGCAGAGUCAGUUCAUCAACUCUGUACUCGCGUUUCUACCAAGUACCAUUAGUACGUUCUGUACAGUGACAUUCCAUUAUGUCAGUGAUGACCGGUUCAAAAUCGAACAGAGCCAAGGAGACCUCGUAGCUAGUAUGGACGUUUGUAUCAUCGAGCCGCUGUGGAAAGUAACUAUUCUGUUUACCACUAACUGCCGAAACGUAUCCGUUCUGAACUCGGAGCACAGACUGAAAAUCGUUUAUUAUCAUCAACAAUUCAACGAUACAGACAUAGCAAAGCGGGUGAGGAGGGAGUUGAGGAAUCAGUCGCCAUUUUUCGAGCAGCACCUUUACGUUGCAAGCGUAUUGGAAGAAUGUGAUCCUCCCGUGGUCGUUACCACAGUUAAGGCGAGAGAUCCUGAAAACAGUCCGAUCACCUACUCCAUGACGAGUCUCUUGGACUCAAGAACCCAAGCCAUGUUCGACAUAGACCAAAAAACCGGAGUUGUGACAACGAAAGUUCAGUUGGACAGAGAACUGGUUGACGUGCAUUAUUUCAGAGUGACUGCUCUAGACGAUAGUUUCCCUCCUCGAUCGGGAACAACGAUGCUGCAGAUAAACGUGUUGGAUGCCAAUGAUCAUUCGCCUGUAUUCGAAAUGACUGAGUAUGACGCGAGUAUCAAAGAGAGCGUUAGUGUUGGUACGACUGUGAUAACUUUGAAAGCGACUGAUCAAGAUAUUGGGAAAAACGCUGACGUGGAGUAUAGCAUAAGGAGCAUCAACGGCGGUGGGACGUCUUCGGAAGAUGACGAUAAUCAUGCCUUCAAAAUCGAUUCGAAGACCGGAGUGGUCACGACAAGAACCUCAUUGGAUAGGGAAACCACUGAAGUGUAUACUUUGAUUGUACAGGCAUCUGAUAUGGCUAGUCCGCAAACUGCGAGAAGGUCCUCCAGUGCCAGCAUUGUUAUUCAUAUCUUGGAUGACAAUGACAAUUAUCCUCAGUUUUCUGAAAGAACGUAUACUGUUACUUUGAAUGAAGAUAUCAACUACAAUGACAAUUCUGUGGUAGCACAUAUCAAAGCCACCGAUGCUGAUGAAGGAGUGAAUGCAGCAAUAAGAUAUGCAAUUAUAAGUACCCCGGUUGCUACAGUAACUGCUGUAGAUCCAGAUGAAGACAGUCGACUCCAUUAUGAAAUAUCUAACGGCAACACCAGAGGAAGAUUUGCCAUUACAUCCCAGAACGGUCAUGGCCUGAUAACUAUCGCCCAACCUCUAGAUUACAAGCAAGAGAAGCGUUACAUUCUCACGGUGAAAGCUGCGGAUUCAGGAGGGAGGUUCGAUACAGCCACUGUAUAUAUAAACAUAACGGAUGCGAAUAAUUUCGCACCAGUUUUUGAAAACGCCCCGUACUCUUCAAGUGUUUUCGAGGACGCCGCUGUUGGUACUACAGUGCUUGUUGUUUCUGCAACAGAUAACGAUGUUGGACUGAAUGCCCAAAUAACCUAUUCUCUAGGCGAUGACUUGAAUGACAUGGGGAAGGAUUCUUCAUUUUCUGUAAAUCCGCAAACCGGAGCAAUUGUUACAACUAAACUCCUUGAUCGUGAAACAGUUUCUGGCUACCUACUCACUGUCACUGCCAAAGAUGGAGGCUCUCCACCUUUGUCCGACACAACCGAUGUGGAAAUUACCGUUACGGAUGUCAACGAUAACUAUCCUGUAUUCAAACAACCUUCCUAUUCGGGUAGUGUUCCGGAAGACGCUUUGGUAGGAACAUCAGUAGUUCAAGUUUCCGCCACCGAUGCUGAUGUCGGAUUGAACGGCAGAAUUCACUAUUCCUUGAGCGAGAAAGAUCUAGAAGACGGUUCGUUUCUAAUCGAUCCUAUGAGUGGAGUCAUCAGAACGAAUAAGGGCCUCGACAGAGAGUCUGUCGCGUUUUACGAACUAGAAGCUUACGCCAUCGAUCGCGGUUCUCCUACGCUGAGUAGCUCCGUUCCCGUUACCAUAAAAAUUGAAGACGUCAACGAUUCUCCACCGGCAUUCGAUUCUGAUAAAAUAGUGCUGUACAUUCCUGAAAACAGUCCUAUAGGAUCUACUGUCGGAGAGAUUUACGCUAAAGAUCCGGAUGAGGGUGUUAAUGCCAUUGUUCAGUAUUCCAUUAUUGGUGGCGAAGAUUCCCAAAGUUUUUCCCUCAUCACCAGGCCUGGUUCUGAGAAAGCUGAACUUCUCAGUAUGGUGGAGUUGGACUACGAAAGUCCCAAGAAAAGAUUCGAUUUGGUGGUCAGAGCAGCUAGUCCUCCCCUGCGCAGUGACGCGCAUGUUGAAGUCAUUGUUACCGACGUCAACGACAAUGCUCCUAUCUUGAAGGAUUUCCAGGUCGUAUUCAAUAACUUCAGGGACUGUUUCCCAACCGGUCCGAUUGGAAAGAUUCCAGCGUUUGACGCUGACGUAUCCGAUAAACUCCACUACAGAAUUUUAUCGGGGAACAAUGCCAAUCUUCUCGCGCUGAAUGACAGCUCGGGUCAGUUGCAGUUGUCUCCUCAGCUGAACACGAAUGUGCCUAAAGUAGCUUCUAUGGAAGUGUCUGCAACUGACGGAGUUAACGAAGUUAAAGCUAUCAUGACGCUCACUGUGAGACUCAUUACUGAAGAAAUGCUGUUCAAUUCGAUCACUGUGCGCCUGAAUCAAAUGACUAAGGAAGCGUUUUUAUCGCCGCUUCUCGGGUACUUUCUAGACGGCUUAGCAGCUAUAAUCCCUUGUCCUAGGGAAAACAUAUUCAUUUUCAGCAUACAAGACGACACUGAUGUGAGAGCUAAAAUUUUGAACGUUAGUUUUUCCGUCCGGAGGCCGGACGUACCCAAGGAGGAAUAUUAUUCUCCGCAGUUUCUACAAGAGAGAGUUUAUUUGAACAGAGGCAUCCUUGCUAGGCUGUCAACAGUGCAGAUUUUACCUUUCGAUGAUAAUCUUUGUGUGAGAGAGCCUUGCUUGAACUAUGAAGAAUGCCUCACGGUGUUGAAGUUUGGAAAUGCAUCUGGGUUCAUCGCGAGCGAUACUGUCCUAUUCCGGCCCAUUUAUCCAGUAACCACGUUCACUUGCCAGUGUCCUAGAGGAUUCACCGGCUCCAAAGAACACUACCUGUGUGACACGGAGGUCAACUUAUGCUAUUCAUCGCCAUGUAAGAAUAAUGGGACUUGUAAAGUUAGAGAAGGAGGUUAUACGUGUGUAUGCCCCUCUAACUACACCGGCGAAAACUGUGAUUUAAAGAUAGAAAACGGUUUAUGCGGUUCCAGUUUGUGCCAUAAAGAUAAAUCCUGCAGUCCCGCGCCGGGUAGAUCCAAUUUUGUGUGUGAGGACUGUAACAUUGUUGGGGAAAGCGAGCACUACACUUCAAUGUGCCAAUUGAGGAGUCGAAGUUUCACCAAAACAUCGUUUCUAACUUUCCCGAGUCUCAAACAGCGCCACAGAUUACAUUUGAGUAUGAAAUUCGCUACGCAGGCCCAAAACGGACUGCUUCUAUACAACGGAAGAUACAAUGAACAGCACGACUUUAUCGCCCUGGAAAUAAUAAAGGGGCACAUCCAGUUUUCGUUUUCACUAGGCAGCGAAGUAACUAAAGUCUCUGCUACAGUACCAGGGGGAGUUUCGGACGGCAAGUGGCACACAGUGAACGUCAACUACUUCAACAAAACAGCGACAAUAUCUUUGGAUAAUUGUGACACUGCCAUAGCUCUGAAACGAGGGAGGGAACUAGGUGAGAGGUGGGCUUGUGCCGGGUACGCUGAGCACAAGUUAGAACCUCGAUGUGCUUCUUUGACCGAAACUUGUCACCGGUUCCUCGAUCUAACCGGCCCUCUACAGCUCGGAGGCGUUCCUUCGGAAUCAACGGUGUUUCAGAUUCAAAAUUUCCAUUACGAAGGAUGCAUAUCGCAGUUUGAAAUCGACUACAAAUUCCUAGACUUGAAUUCUUUCGUAACUGACAACGACACGACUGCGGGCUGUCCUGAGAAAAGAUCGUUUUGUAGUUCUAUGCCCUGUAAAAACGGUGGGGGUUGCGUUGAAGGUUGGUCGAUGUAUCAAUGCACUUGUCCUGAGGGUUUCGGCGGUAGGGAUUGCAGCGAAACCAUCAGUACUCCGUGGCAUUUUUCCGGUGACGGAACGCUCUCGUUCAAUCCCCUCCUGAGACCUAUACAACUGCCUUGGCUGAACGCCCUCUCGGUCAGGACGUUGCAAGAAGAUACGUUUUUAAUGUCCGUUCAAAUCGGUCAGAAUAGUUCCGCUGUAAUUUCGUUGAGUAAGGGGCUUCUCCACUACACUUACAACGGGGAAUCGUUGGUUUUGACGACGAAGUUUGUGUCUGACGGUGAAUGGCAUCACAUAGAGGUGACGUGGAUUGGAACGGAAAUCAAAUUGUCGCUCGAUUACGGAGAAAGUGUAGCAGUUUUACCAUUUUCGGAGAAGAUACAAGGAUUGUAUGUGGGAAAGACUCUCAUCGGUGGUCCAGAUAAUACCUACACGAGUUUGAAUGCAGGUUACAACUAUCUUGAAGGAUGUGUACAAGAUGUUAGAAUUGGAAAUCAGCAGGCUACUCUGAAUAGGCCUACCGUGAAAGAAAAUGUUGAAGACGGUUGCUUCUCCUUGAAUGAAUGUCAAACAGAGUGUCCUGCUUCUUCUCAGUGCAUUAUCGACUGGGGCCGUUCCCACUGUGAAUGUAACGAAGGUUAUGUAGGGCCAUUAUGUGCUCCGGUGUGCCAGGAAAAUCCCUGUCAAAAUGGGGGUACAUGCAUCGAAGAUCACGGGGAAAAGAAAGGAUACAGGUGCGACUGCAAUUCUACUGUACUCUCGGGUGAGUAUUGUGAGAGUAAACAGUCACAGCCUUGUCCUGCCAGCUGGUGGGGAUAUCCUGUAUGUGGGCCUUGCCAGUGCAACACAGAAGCUGGUUACAAUCCAGAUUGCGACAAGAAAACCGGGAAGUGUCACUGUAGAGAAAACCACUACCAGCCCAAGGAAUCUACAGAAUGCUUACCCUGCGACUGUUACAACGUCGGGUCCUACAGCACUCAGUGUGAUCACGAAAGUGGACAGUGCAAAUGCAGAGACGGGGUUAUCGGAUUGAAGUGCGACUCUUGCCCAAAUACCUAUGCGGAGAUAACUCUCAAGGGUUGUGAAGUCGUUUACGAUGGAUGUCCACGAUCUGCGUCGAAUGAUAUUUGGUGGCCCAGAACAGUAUUUGGAUCUAGCGCUAUCGAAACUUGUCCUAGAGGAUCCCACGGGAAAGCUUCUAGAAGCUGUGACAACGAUUUGGGUGGUUGGCAAGAACCGGAUAUGUUCAACUGCACGUCUGAAAGAUUUGUUGAACUUCGAGAACAGUUGUCAAAUAUUGAGAAAGGAUUACUCCAGCUGAAUACAUUCGUAUCUAUCAAAUUAGCAUACGAUCUAUACAGGGCAACAAAUUUGACGAAAGAUUUAUAUGGAGCGGAUAUCUUGAUUUCUUAUGAAUUGAUGAAAGAGCUUCUCAACUAUGAAUUCAAAUUGUAGGUUUGGAUGUUGUAACAGCAGAGUCUCUUUUCGGGUUUGAACCUAGCAAUGCCCCGCCUCCUAUACACUUAACCCCGACGAAGUACACUACAGAGAGUGUAAUUCUUCCGGACACGUCUUCAUUUCUAGAAGAAAAUGUGAAUUCUCAACCAGGGCCUAUGGUGUCUUUUCCUAAAUACAACAACUACCUGCUAGACAAGUCAAAGUUUGACCAGCACACCAGAAUACUGAUUCCUUUGAAACUCCUUGGAAUAAAUCCUGUAGAAACUGGAGAAAUUAUUACUAAACAUAGCCUGCCGAUAGAUGGGGCUGUCGUCAGUUACGCUCAGUAUAAAGAGGCAGGAAUGCUGCUACCUAAAUCUUACGAUGAUUCAGUUGUCCGAAGGUGGGGUAUAGAUAUAACAAUCGGUUCUCCACUUAUAUCUGUUAGCGUUUUGGUACCUGAACGUAACGAUGUCAGUCGUUCAAAGUCUGAACACGGUGUCACCUUCAAAGACGAGAGCUUAUCUGAUGCCGAACUAGAGGAUCGAGAUAUUUGGAAUAGAAAAAAUUACAAUGAGCCGAAUGUUCAAGAGCAUGACGCUCAGUACCAGAGGAUUAAAAGGGAGAAGAAAUCGAAUGGGAAUUUGUCGUAUAAAAGUUUGUCUGGGGUUCGUUUACCCGUAGCAGUGCGUCUUCAAAUUCUGUUGGAUUCGAACUACACCGUAUUCAAUGAACGAUCCAAUCCUCAGUGUGUUCAUUGGUCAACAGUUAGAGGCAACACCUCUAGGCCAGAAUGUUUCUCUUGUAAAUUGGUUGCAAUCAGCUUACAUUAUCUAUGGUUAGCAUCGUUUUCUUGGAUGCUGGUGGACGCAGUUCAUCUCUAUAGAAUGUUGACUGAGAUGAGAGAUAUAAAUCAUGGCCCGAUGAGAUUCUAUUACAGUAUGGGAUAUGUAGCGCCAGCAGUUGUUGUCAGUCUAUCUGUUGGAGUACGAGCACAUCAAUAUGGCAACUACUAUUUCUGCUGGGUAUCGCUUUACGAGAGUGUGGUUUGGAGUCUUGUUGGACCAAUCUGCCUCUUAGUAUUUGUGAAUCUAUUUGUAUUAGUAUUUUCAAUAAGAGCAGCUUUCACCCUACAAGAUCAUGUGCUUGGAUUUGGAAAUCUAAGGACUCUACUGUGGGUUUCUGUGAUAGCUCUACCACUCUUGGGGGCAACAUGGGUGCUAGCUCUCCUGGGUGCGUCUGAAAAUCAUCCACUUCUGACACCCUUUUUGUCUGUCGCUGUAUUGAUACAUGCAGGAUUUUCUCUGGCUGGAUACUGUUUUGCUAAUAACAGAGUGAGGCAGAAUCUUUUGAGGUCAAUGAUGAGAUGUGUCGGUAAGAAAGUACCUUUGUUAGAAACGAAUUCAGUGGUUGGUGUUCCGAGUACCAGUAGUCAGAAUAUCAAUGCUCAAUCGCGUUCUGCUUUGGCGUAUCAUUCUAGUUUAGAUCCGACUAGAAGAAACAUAGGCAUAUCCACCUCCAGCACUACUUCUCGAUCAACGACCAAAACUAGUUCGAGCCCCUACAGAAGUGACACCCAUUUACGCAAUACCUCAACGUCUACUUCAAACUACAACUCAACUAGUGAUGUACCGUCUUAUUUGAGGGGUUUCGAACAGGAAGGCGGUUCACACAGAAACAGAGAGGUUCAAGAGAGGAGAGAUGAAAGACGUGAGAGAAGAACAGACAAAGGCGAUAGUGAUUCAGAUUCAGAUGGUUCAGAAGGUAGGAGCUUAGAACUUGCUUCGAGUCACUCUAGUGAUGAUGAUGAGUCCAGCACUAGGAGGCAUCAAACAAGAAAUAUACGACAAGGUUAUCUACCAAAUAUCACGGAACAUGUUGCUUCGAGAUGUGGAACACCGCCAUCACUUAAUGUUGUUACAAAUUCCCAACUAUUUCCAACUGUUCAACCGAAUUAUGGCUCGAGGUGGUCCAGUCAACUUCCUGAAUCAUAUUUACCCAAUCCAAAUG